AUGAACGGCCACACCGAACACAUCAAUGGCGACGCAACGGCACUCGACCUGACCGUACUCGGAUUGAACAGUGGAACGAGUAUGGACGGUAUCGACUGUGCGCUUUGCAGAUUCCGCCAGACCAGUCCAGAGGCACCGAUGCACUUUGAACUUCUCAAGUAUGGAGAAAUUCCACUGGAGCAGAAGAUCAAGAAGAGGGUUAUGAAUAUGAUUUACCAUAACCGCACGACACCUGAGGAGUUGUCCGAAGUCAAUGUCUUGUUAGGAAACACCUUUGCCGAUGCGGUCAAGGAGUUUUGCAAGGAGCAAGAUGUUUUCAUCAACAGUAUCGAUGUGAUUGGCUCGCAUGGCCAGACGAUCUGGCUACUUAGUAUGCCCGAGGCAGGUCAGACGAAGAGUGCAUUGACCAUGGCUGAGGGAACCUUCAUCGCUGCACAAACUGGCAUCACCACAGUCACAGACUUCCGCGUCAGUGAUCAAGCUGCCGGUCGUCAGGGAGCUCCUCUGAUCGCCUUCUUCGAUGCUCUCCUUCUACACCACCCCACGAAGCUGCGUGCUUGUCAGAACAUCGGCGGUAUCGCCAACGUCUGCUUCAUCCCACCCGACAAUGCUGGAGGUAUCGACCAGUGCUUUGACUUCGACACUGGCCCGGGCAAUGUCUUCAUCGACGCCGUCGUACGUCACUACACCAACGGCAAGCAGGAAUAUGACAAAGACGGUGCCAUGGGCAAGCGCGGAACCGUGAACCAAGAGCUGGUAGAUGAGUUCCUGAUGUUCAAAUACUUCAAGCUCGAUCCCCCAAAGACGACUGGCAGAGAAGUGUUCCGAGACGCCGUGGCCCACGAGUUGAUCGAAAAGGCCGAAAAGCUGGGAAUGUCACAGGAUGAUGUUGUUGCGACCGUGACGCGCAUCACUGCACAGGCUAUAGUGGACCACUACCGUCGAUACGCACCAUCACAAGACAUUGAUGAAAUAUUUAUGUGUGGUGGCGGUGCUUACAACCCGAACAUCACCGCGUACAUUCAGAAGAGCUAUCCAAACACCAAGAUCUUCAUGCUGGACGAUGCAGGUGUGCCGGCUGGUGCAAAAGAAGCCAUCACGUUUGCAUGGCAAGCCAUGGAAGCAGUUGUUGGUCGUUCGAUACCUGUUCCUGACCGCGUGGAGACAAGGCAAGAGUAUGUCCUUGGAAAGGUGGCUCCCGGAAAGAAUUACAGGACAGUCAUGAAGCAAGGCAUGAUGUUUGGAGAUGGUGAGAGAUUGCCGCCGGUGAAGGAGAUGGUCAACUAUGUCAAUGGCAACCUGUUUGAUAAUAAAUGGGAGUAG